AUUGCGAACUGCUCCUUUUCACCUCGUUGUUUCAGGCCCUAAUUUAUUCCCUCAAGUGCUAGUUUAUCCUUCGCUUUGAGGUUUUAAUGCUUAUUUUUGUUUCUAUUUCGAUUCAGAAAUUUGAGAUUUCUGGUCGACAAUGGAGGUUGUGAAGGAUGAUUUCUCCAAUUUGGAGAUUGGGACUUCGGUCGAGUCAUUUCAGAAGUUUUUGGACUCCCAAAAUGAUCUAUUUCGCUCCCAGGUCGAUCAACUCCAGAGAGUUGUUGUUACGCAGUGCAAACUCACAGGCGCCAACCCGCUCUCUCAAGAGAUGGCUGCUGGUGCUUUGUCAAUUACGAUUGGAAAAAGACCCCGAGACCUGCUCAACCCCAAGGCUGUAAAGUAUAUGCAAACUGUUUUUUCUAUUAAAGAUGCACUUAGUAAGAAAGAAUCACGAGAAAUCAGUGCCUUAUUUGGUGUCAAAGUAGCACAGGUCCGUGAUUUUUUUAAUAGUCAACGUUCAAGGGUGAGGAAACUAGUCCGUUUGUCACGGGAAAGAUCCGUCAAAUCUAAUUCUUGCAAACAACUUGAAGUUGGAGGGAUUGCAAUGAACAACGAUCCCAGUAUGCCAAUUGAUGCAGUUCCUUUGAACUCUGAUGCAUUGGUUCCCUUGAACUCUGAUGCACCAAUUCCAUUGAACUCUGAAGCUCCGGUUCCUUUAAAUUUUGCUACACCAGUUCCCUUAAACACUAUUGAACCCAGUAAUGUCGAUAGUGGACCAUCGUGUUCAACACAGGAUAGUAAACUAUCUGACAUAGAUGGUAUUGAUAAGCAUUUUGUUCAAACUAUAUUCAGUAUGAUGCAGAAGGAAGAAACGUUUUCUGGUCAGGUGAAAUUGAUGGAAUGGAUCUUGCAGAUACAAAAUUCUUCAGUGCUAUGUUGGUUCUUGACUAAAGAUGGUGCAAUUAUUUUAGCAACUUGGUUAAGCCAAGCUGCUGCUGAAGAACAAACAAGUCUCCUUCAUGUAAUCCUUGAGGUUUUUUGUCAUUUGCCUUUACAUAAGGCUCUUCCUAUGCAUAUUUCAGCGAUACUCCAAAGUGUUAAUAACUUACGAUUUUACAGAACUUCAGAUAUAUCAAACAGGGCAAGGUUCUUAAUAUCAAGAUGGAGCAAACUGUUGAUAAGAUCUCAAGCAUUAAAAAAGCCCAAUGGCAUGAAACUUCUGACCAAUUCACAAACUGAUAUGAUUCUGAAACAGAGUAUUGGAGGCAUUACGAGUGAUGAGUCAUGGAAGUCAAAUGUUGACGUUCCUGAAAAUUUCGGUAAUCCCAGUGUAAAUGUAGAUAACAUGAGGAAAUCGGGAACUCAUCAAGCAUUUAAACUUCUGCCGGCCUCUUCGGAUGAUUUGAAUCGAAAGAAUGUCCUAGGUUUAUCUUCAUCCAGAUUCAGAGAACGCAGGAAAGUUCAGAUGGUAGAACAGCCGGAACAGAAAGUUGCUGGCAGAAACUUGCAGGCUCCAAGAACUCCUGCGAGUCAAGGUCGGCCAAUGUCUACCGAUGAUAUCCAGAAAGCAAAAAUUCGGGCACAAUUUAUGCAGAGCAAGUAUGGGAAGACUGGCUUAUCUAAUGGGCGUAUGCAUACGAAGUCUGGGAAUGUAAACAAACCAUUACAUUCCAGUGCAUCAUCUCCAGCAUCCAAAAUCUCUCUUCGUCCCAAAUUUGAGGACCAGAAAAGAGCCGUGGUGCUGCUUCCAAAAAACAGUAAUAAGGUUGAAACGCCGCUUCAUUCAAAGAUUGAAGUAGAGUUCAAGGACUCACUCGGGGAGAAAUGCAAGAGGGUCCAGAUCCAAUGGCGGAUGCCUCCAGAAAUGAAAUUCAAUGAUCUCUGGAGGGUAGGUGGUGGCGACAAUAGUAAAGAGGCUGGAUUCCAAAAAAAUAGGAACUCUAGAGAGAAGGAAACUUUCUACAAGACCAUCCUUGAGAUACCACCAAAUCCCAAGGAACCAUGGGACCUUGAAAUGGACUAUGACGACUCCUUGACUCCUGAAAUUCUGACCGAGCAAUUGCCUGAUAAUGAAAGUUCAGAACCCGAGAUUCGAAACAGUGCGGUGGAUGGUGCUGUUCCAUCAGAAGUGAUCUCAUCUCAGGAUCUCAAGCCAAAUGCAGCUGCUGAUGAACCAGAUCUUGAGUUGCUUGCUGUACUUCUGAAAAAUCCAGAAUUAGUUUAUGCCCUCACUUCUAGCCAAGCAGGCAAUUUUCCUGCCCGGGAAACUGUAAAACUGUUGGAUAUGAUUAAAGCAGGUGUGGCUAAUGGCGUAAACGGGAUGGAAAAGACACUUGAAGUCUCUCUUCCAUCUCCUACUCCUUCGAGCGAUGCUGGAACGAGUGGAUGGAAGCCCGCAGUCUUCAAGAAUCCUUUUUCACAGCGAGAUUCCAUUGCAGAAAGCAGAGUAGCACUCCCUUCCCCACCAGUUGAUACUUCAAGCAUUGCAGUGUCACGUAUGCCACCAGUGUCCCAGCAGCCACCGGCAUCAGUUUCUCAAUUUUCACUUCCGCAAACUACGAUCAACAGGCUCCAACCCGAUCACGUAGUUCACUCUCACCAAUACCAACGCCAACAGGGUGUUUUAAAUCCGAAUGUUCGAUUACCGAACUCGGAAGUAGCCUUAGCAUCGAGGAGUUUUCCUAUUGCCAAACUACCCUUAGUUAAUCAAUCAACAGCAGCUGCCUCUUCAGUGAGGAUUGUAGGCGGAAAUGAUGCAAAACCUAUUUCAUUUGCAUCAAAUACACUAGAAAGAGUACCAAUCUCAUUCCAAUCACCGCCUUCCCCAACCCCAACACGAAUGCCACCAAUACAGAAGCAACGACAGCAGCCACAGCUACAACCAUAUCGGUCAGAGCAUCCACAUCAAACUCGUGUAAAUAUCUCAUCAUCAUCCGCUGAGAAAUCAGCCCCUGGUUUAUGUUCAUGGAGACCAAGGCUGCAAGACAUUGGUUCCCACUAUAACAGUGGAGGUAACCACAAUAAGGAAAGUAAAUAUGUUGGAGGUCCCAUGGCGGGAAGAGGAGGGCCUUCAUGGGGGAGAAAUGAAUUUGAAUCAUGGAGUCCUGAGAACAGUCCGGUAAGAACUCAAGAGUACAGCAGGGCAGACAGAAGCUAUGGGGCUGCUGAGCAGCAGAGACAAAGCAGCAGUCCUUAUGGAUAUGGAGAGCAAAACAGACAUGGAAACAACAGCAGAAGGUGGCAUGAUCGGCAAUAUUGAAGCUCUCUGAAUUGUUGUUUCCUCCUGAAAGAGGGAGAGGGUGGAAAAUUUGGCUGCUGCUCACAAUGCUUGGUUUUGGCCAUUAAAAGGGACUGAAAUGGCAUUGAGAAUGAGGCUCCCUCUGAAGAGAAUGGGUUGAGAUUGGUGUUCCAUAUUUGCAAGUUGUAAACUAUACUCUAUCUAUUCAAGGGGGGAGGGCCCCCAUGAAUGAAAAUAACGCAAAUUCACAACGGCUGACCUAUCUUUCUGGGGGAUUUUGGCUUCUGACUGUAAAAUUUCUCUCAUGUCAAUCAAUCAUUAUUAGUGU